GGAAUGGGGUCCUCCCCUGAGACUCUUGUGUCCUGAAGGUUUAGGAGGAUGGGGGCAGGCCGUCUUACUUCGAACCCAAGUACCUAUAGGGUUUGCUGGUGGGGAUGGGGGGGAGAGUAAGGGGCUGACUACCUUGGCCAAACAAACCCUUGAUGGGCUGGGAGUAGGUUUGCCAUUUUGGCCGGGUCUGACGUUGGCUGGUUGCCCAUGGUUUUAGGCCUUGGAGAAGGUAGGGCAAGGUUUUCAAGGGCCCCAUGAACUUUCAUUGACCUCAGGAAUGCCGUAUUCCCAAGUAUCUGGUGUGGCCAGGUUUUGGAAUUCUCAGUUUCAUUUAAACUUGAUUAUGGAGAAAUUCCCAACACCAGAAGUAGAGUGAAUGUCACAAGCCCAUCUUCCAGAUUCAACACUUGUCCACCUCCAGGCCAAUCCUGAUCAUAUCAAAAUGGAUAAACUUUGUAAAUCUUCAUAGCCCAUGGAGGUUUGCCAUCACUUUCCUUAAUGUUUAACAGCCAGAAUGGCCCACCAUAGCCAGAUUUCAUCCCGGCUCUGACACUUUAUAGUUGUGUUACCUUGAACAAGAUACGGACCUUAGUGUGCCUCCAUUUCCUCAUCUGUAAAAUGAGAAUAAUAGUACCUCCCUCAAUGGGCUUUUGUGAGGAUAGAUUGAGCUAAAGCUCCUGCAGUGCAAGAACAGUCUCUGGUGUAUACAAAGUGUUCAACAAGUAUCAGCUUUUAUUAAUAACAAACCUUGAGAUUCUAGAGGCACAGAGAGGAUCCCCUUGGUGUUCAGGGUCAGCAGCAGGUCAGGGCAGGCUGUGUUCCUUGCUGCCACCCCAGCUCCUCCCAGGAAGCUGCCAACAGUUCUUUUCUUCUGUGGCAGAUCCAUUCUUGAUACCUUUAAGGAGAAGGGGACCCUACCCUGCUGGAACUUGAGGAUUUCCAGUGACUUUUCUGAACUUUUUUGUUGUUUUUCUGCCUCCUGUGGCCCCCGCCUUCUCAGAGAAGACUGCCUGCUGGGGAAAGGGAGGACUCCUGGGCUCCUGACAGCCCAGCUCAGAGCUGCCGUCUGUGAUAUCAGACCAGGAGACAUGACCGCAGGGUCCCAGCGAGCCAGCGGAGAGGCACACAUGGCGUUCAGAGACGUGGCUGUGGAUUUCUCCCAGGAGGAGUGGAGGCUGUUGAGCUCUGCUCAGAGGACCCUGUACCGGGAGGUGAUGCUGGAGAACUACGGCAACCUGGUCUCGCUGGGAAUUCCAUUUUCUAAACCAAAACUCAUCACCCAGCUGGAGCGAGGGAAAGAGACCUGGCGAGAGGAGAGAACAUGUCCACCGGCCACCUGUCCAGAACCAAAGCCAGAGGUCCAGCCCUGUCCUUUCUGCCCUCCGGAUUUCCCCCGACAGAAAUUCCCCAUGCGGCACGUGCUGUGCAGCCACCCUCCAUGGAUCUUCACAUGCUUGUGUGCAGAAGCUCACGCCCAGCCUGAGGAUCGGUGCCUCGGCGAGCAGGUGCCCCAGCGGCAGCUCCCUGAGCAGAGUUCCUGGAGCAAGAAAGCUGGGAGUCAAGAGGGAGAAGGCGCCAGCCUCUUGUUUGGAAGGAGAAAGAAAAGGACUUUGGGAGCAUUCUCCAGGCCACCCCAAAGGCAGCCAGUCAGUUCUAAGAACAGCGUCAAAGGGGUGGAAACAGAGUCCAGCCCAGCUCAGAGGGGGAACCCUGAGGAAACAGACAAACUGUUGGAGAGGAUAGAAGUCUUGGGAUUUGGAACAAUUAAUUGUGGAGAGUGUGGACUAGGCUUCAGCAAGAUGACAAACCUCCUUAGUCACCAGAGGAUACACUCAGGGGAGAAGCCAUAUGUGUGUGGGGUGUGUGAGAAGGGCUUCAGUCUAAAGAAAAGCCUUGCCAGACACCAGAAGGCACACUCAGGGGAGAAACCGAUUGUGUGCAGGGAGUGUGGGCGAGGAUUUAACAGGAAGUCCACCCUCAUCAUACAUGAGAGGACACACUCAGGCGAAAAGCCUUAUAUGUGCAGUGAGUGUGGGCGAGGCUUCAGCCAGAAGUCAAACCUCAUCAUCCACCAGAGGACACACUCGGGGGAGAAGCCGUAUGUGUGCAGGGAGUGUGGGAAAGGCUUUAGCCAAAAAUCUGCUGUCGUUCGACACCAGAGGACACACUCAGAGGAGAAGACCAUUGUGUGCAGUGAUUGUGGGCUGGGCUUCAGUGACAGGUCGAACCUCAUCUCGCACCAGAGGACACACUCAGGGGAGAAGCCUUACGCGUGCAAGGAGUGUGGGCGCUGCUUCAGACAGAGGACCACCCUCGUCAAUCACCAGAGGACACACUCGAAGGAGAAGCCUUACGUGUGCGCGGUGUGUGGGCACAGCUUCAGCCAGAACUCCACCCUCAUCUCACACAGGAGGACACACACCGGCGAGAAGCCCUAUGUGUGCGGGGUGUGUGGGCGAGGCUUCAGCCUGAAGUCACACCUCAUCAGACACCAGAACAUACACUCAGGGGACAAGCCUAUCGUGUGCAAGGAUUGCGGUCGAGGCUUCAGCCAGCAGUCAAAUCUCAUCCGGCACCAGAGGACACACUCAGGGGAGAAGCCCAUGGUGUGUGAGGAGUGUGGGCGAGGGUUCAGCCAGAAGUCAAACCUCCUGGCCCACCAGAGGACACACUCAGGGGAGAAGCCGUACGUGUGCAGGGAGUGCGGGCGAGGCUUCAGCCACCAGGCGGGUCUCAUCCGACACAAGAGGAAGCACUCGAGGGAGAAGCCGUACACAUGCAGGCAGUGUGGCCUGGGCUUCAGCAACAAGUCAGCUUUAAUUUCACACAAACGGCUGCACUCGGACGAGAAGCCUUGCAUGCACAGAGAGUGCGGCCAAGGCUUUAUCCAGAGGUCACACCUCAUCUUACAUCAGGUGACACACAAGGAGGAGAAGCCCUAUGUGUGCAGGACGUGCGGGCAAGGCUUUAGCCAGAAGGCUCACCUCAGCAGACACAGUAGGAUGAAGUGUGUCCACCACAAACCUCUGCUCCAGCCCGAUGCUGAGGACUAUUCCGGCCAGUCUUCUGACCCCUUAUACUCCCUUUGACAGUGACGUUGGCACUUCACGAGGACAAAGUAGUCACAUUUUUUACACUUUGAUGAAAUGGAGUUGAAAAAUGCGUUCCUUGAGGGGUCAAAGGACAUUGGACUUAGUUUCUUUUCUCCACACUAAGUCUUCUCCAUGCUUUGUGGCCUUUUGUUCUAAUAAACUGUACAAGUCUGUAA